UCGCCAUUACUUGUCUUGCUGCGUCAGUGAACGUACGGACAAAAAUCUUACUCCUAAAUCCAUCCCUACUUGAGAGAUUAUUUCACCAUCGGAACUUUCACCAUGGCCGAAUCCCAAUGUCGCCAAAAUUACCACCAGGAGAGCGAAGCUGGCAUCAACCGCCAAAUCAACAUGGAACUGUAUGCCUGCUAUACCUACCAGUCCAUGGCCUACUACUUCGAUAGAGAUGAUGUGGCCCUUCCAGGAUUCAGCAAGUUCUUCAAGAAUUCAUCAGAUGAAGAACGGGAACAUGCUGAAAAACUGAUGAAGUACCAGAACAAGAGAGGAGGGCGUGUCGUGCUCCAAGACAUCAAGAAACCCGACCGUGACGAGUGGGGCACCGGCUUGGACGCCAUGCAGGUGGCGCUACAGCUGGAGAAGACUGUGAACCAGUCUCUGCUUGACCUUCACAAGGUCGCUGACAGUCACCAGGAUGCACAGAUGUGCGAUUUCCUUGAGACCCAUUACUUGGAGGAGCAAGUGAACGCCAUCAAGGAGAUAUCGGACCACAUCACUCAGUUGAAGAGAGUGGGCAGUGGGCUGGGAGAGUAUGAAUACGAUCGCCGCCUCGACUCGUAAAGCCCACACAGAGACUGUUACACCCAGCAACUAGUGUUUAGUGUCAAAAUUUACUUUUUCUGUUAAUUCAAUUAUGGUGGACAUUUAUAGUUAAAUUUUGUUUUGAAUCGAUAAUGGAGUUUUUAAAAAUGGGUGUAUAUAAUUAUGAAAAAAUAAAUAAAAAUAGCAAAAUGAAACUUA